CCGACCCCACCUUGGGGCACAAUCCCUCAUCGUCGACGUGCGCGUACCAAUUCCGCAUGCUCGAUUAACAUGGCGUUCAGGAUCUCCCUUAACAAGGCCGGCAAGGCCGCGCAACUUGGCGCCAAAGCCAAAGCAGAAGAAGACGCGAAAGCGCGCGAGGAGAAAAAUGCGCUCGACAAGGUCAUGGCCGACUUCAUGGAGGAGCACGGCGAGGAGAAAGGCGUUCUUGGUGAGACGGAGAAGGACCACGAGGCCGAAGACGUGUUCGUACCGACAGGCUCGAAGCGGCAUUUUACGGGAAGGCCGCGGUCCAUGAAGAGUGGACCAGGCACGUUGGACGCAGAGCCUGUACCUGCGUACGCGAGACCGGGCGCACCGGGAGGAUAUACUGGGCCACCACAUUCACGAUUCGGCGGAGUUGCGGCGGGACAGGAUGAAGAUAGGGCAAACGAGAACGUAUACACCACGGUGGUCGCAAAGGCAUCGAACCUGCCGCCUGCGAUAAACCCCAGCCGAGUGGAAGAGCUUUUCGCCGAGUUUCCGUCGCUCAAGGUGGUCAAGGUUGAGAGGAUACCGCCGUCAAGACCCUCGAGCCCGUCCCAGCGAACACGGCCGUCUGCUUCGAUGAAGGUCAUCUUCGACAAGGAAGCUACUGCGCGCGACCUCGAUGAUGCGAUGAACAAGAUGAACGACAAAAAAUACUUAGGCAAGGGAUACUAUCUGCAUCUGGAUCGCUAUUUGGGCGGUCGGAGCGUGAGCACAAAGCAGCACGAGGAGCCGUUCGGCGCGACGUUGCAGGAUGUGGAGAUUUCAAAGGGCUACGCUCCGCCGCCAGACCUCGGUGGCAACAAUCGCGAUCGCAUGCGGGAGGAGAUGAUGAAUAAGCGCAUGCUGGUCACCGCCAACGCACCGCCAGAUCUUCCCACCCUGAGGCUGAUACAUCAGACAAUCGAAGGCGUGAUCGAGGGCGGAACUGAGUUCGAAGCCGCUCUCAUGCAGGACCCCCAAGUCCAGUCCUCCGAGCGCUUCGCCUGGCUCUUCAAUCAAAAGCACCCCCUGAACCGCUACUACCGAUGGCGCCUUCACGAGAUCCUCAGCUCGACAUCCCGCCCAGACGUCUUCCAACGCCAUCCCGAAUGGCGUGGUCCGAAAGAAGCGCUGAUGGACGAGUACGCGAGCGGACUCUGGGACCUGAACCACCCCUACGCGGACGAAGACUCUGAAGACGAAGAUGACCUACCCGCCCACGCGCGCACCACCCUUCCCGUCGGGGACGACUAUCCCGGCCGCGCCCACACCGGCUACGGCAUCAUGCCCCCACGCGACCGUGCCCUGCUCGUCUGGCUGCUCUCCACGCUGCCUCCUUCCAGCGCGCUCUCCGACGAAAUCGCCUCCUUCUCCACCUUCGCCGUCGACCACGUCUCCAAGGGCAUGGACGAAGUCGUAUCCCUCCUCGUGACCAACAUCUUCCAACCCUUCUUCCUCUCAAAAGCAAACCCCAAGCUCGCGCGCGCCGAAUUCACAGAAGAAGAAGAGAGCCGUCGUCGCGGCCAGAUUCCCCAGCUUACUACCAACGCCUUGCGCAUCAUCUCGGAUGUGGCGCUUACCACGCAGAAGGAGCCCGGUAUGGCGUACAAGUACCGCGGCGUCAUCGGCAGCCAGCUCGUCGACCGCAAGGUCUUCGAGUACCUCGAGCGGCUCCCCACGCAGCUGGAAAUGGGCAGGCUGGCGGAGAACCAGUACCGCGACGAUGUGAAUGCGAUACUGAAAGUGUGGAUGGACGAGCAUCUGUUUGAGAAGGAGUCGCUGGAGCAUAUCGAGCAGGCGUUCAAUGGGCGGAAGAGGGAGAGGGAGCAGGAAGAAAUUGAGCGAAGGGCGGUGGAGAGAAGACGCGCGAAGAAGGGCGCUGUGCCGAAGAGGGAGAGGGCGGAGGAGGAGGGCAGGAUGGAGGUGGACGGUCCGGCAGAUGCGGGAACGCCGGAGGUCAAGGACGAGGGUACGCCGAUGGAGGUUGAGGGGGAGACGCCUGCUCGGGCUGCGCCGGCCGCUGAGGCACGGGCAGAGAAGGAGGUAGAGAAGGAAAAGGAGAAGCGCGCGGAGCCGCCUGAGAUCCCGGGGGAGACGGCUGCGGCGAGGGCUAGGCGCCUUCGACCAAAAGCUGAGGACAUGUUUGCGUCGGACGAAGACUGAGCGCUGCAUCACACGUCUCCACUAGGUACACAAAUCAUUCAAAUGACAGACAUCAUAUG